ACGACUUUUGUGACACGACAGGCGACAUCGUCAUCAUCAACACCGUCACUACAACAGUAACCACUUACCGCUCAGUUGGUGAUAUCAAAAUUCUGCCAUCGCAUAUCCAACUUGGUGAAACAGCAGCAACAAGUACAUUCACCUCCCGCACAUAUACCGUAUACCGUCUGGUCGACUUGUACCUUUCCGGUCACUUCCGCCAAAGGAGCUUCUCCCCUACACACAUCCGCUGUUCCGAAGUGGUUGACGAAUUUGUUCCUCGACUCUCCAAGAAAGCAAGCCAUCAGCGACAACACCAGCAACAACAACAACAACAACAAUCAUGUCUUGGUCAUCGGCCCAUUUCCCUCCCCCCGCACUCGCCGCCGUCGCCGAGGAAGUGGCCUCCCUCCUCCGCGAGCGAGGCGAGACCAUCUCCGUGGCCGAGACGGCGGCCGGAGGGCUCGUGUCUGCCGCGUUGCUCUCCACCCCGGGAGCGUCGCGCAUCUACAAGGGAGGCCUGACCCUUUACACGCUGCCUUCCCGCCUCGCGUACGCCGGCUGGACGCAGGACAACAUCGACAAGUACGACGGUCCCACGCCGGAACUGGUCGAGGGCAUGGCGAGGCACGUGAGAGGGACUUUGGAAUCGGAUUAUUGCGUUUCAGAGAGCGGAACUGCCGGACCGACAGCAAGUGGAAAGACACCUAAUAGGCAACCGGGCUACGUCGCUUUGGCAGUGGUGAGCGAGAAGAAUGGGGCCAUGAGCAAGGAUCUCAUGACUAGCUGUGGCAAUGACAGGCAUGCAAACAUGGUGGCUUUUGCGGUCGAGGCUUUGAAGCUGGUCAAGGAGUUCAUUCUCAGCAAGGGGUCGUCGAAAGUGUGAUGGGAAAAGUAGUAGUGCUGCGGCGCCCAGAAUGCACCCGGUAUUAGCUUCGAAGGAGACUCUGUGAUUGUGACGACGAACCCCCUUUUGGGAUUGGGGUUGGGCAUCACUCCAUCGACCAACGGUGCAAUCAAUCACGGAUCUGACCUACGGGGAAUAAGAAUAUUCGCCCCUUGAGUUAGAAACUCCUUCGACUAGGGAGUUGAGCACACAUGCAGUACAGAUUAGAAGUUUCAAAAAUCAUCACCAGACUUGACGACAAGGGAUACAUCAUCAGACCUACCUUGUACGGAGUAGAUGGGGCGGCUCACUUUUCGAUUCCCUGGUCUCGCCUCGAGCAGGGAGUGUCGGUGUGUGUGAGAUACAGAGUACGCAGUACGGUGUGAUCGCCAGUUUUUUCAGGUGCUGAUGCUCAUCCAAUGCAUUGUUCCUUG